AUGAAGACGAUCACCGAGACGUUGGCCAUUCAAACAUGCACAAGUGGAAAACAAAUACCUAAAGUGAUAUGGAAAUUUGUUUACUCAUUAUCCACAUGCCUCAUGGUCAUGAUGCUAUCACUGGCAGUAUGUGUUGGCAGUCAUCAACCAACAAAUGAUACUGGUCCUCACAUUAAUUUAAUAUUAAUGAGUGUUGGUUUAGGUGGUGGAAGAUUAUUCGUUCAAUGGAAAACUAAACGGAAAUCGACAAGCUCGGACAAAAUUGUUUAUAUUGAAGCAUUUGAUAUUGGACUUAUUCCUGGAAUGUAA